AUGGUUACGUACCAGGCGCGCUUCAAACAGAUACGUGAGGGCGCUCUUGCUGCUGCUCCAGCGGCUCGAAGCGAGAAUAGCUUCGCUGUCGAUGGAGCGUACGUCCGUACCUACCACAACAUCCUCAACGACUGGCUGACAAGGGAGGAUGAAGACAAGGUCCAUGCGGAAAUGGGCAGUGGCUGGACCCGCCUCGAGCUCAAUGAGGACUGGGAAGGGCUCCUGCGAGAAGCCAUGCGCCCCACGUUGAAGCUACCAGGGGAGAAGGGUCCGAGUGCAGCUUUAGCCAUCCAGCUGGCCAACGAACAGCAAACCGUGCAUGCCUUCCCCGCCAUGAUCGAGCCAAAGCCAUUCAAAGGGGGACUCCACCAAAUCCGGCUAGGGUCGGAACUACUGACGUUCGAGCUGGGGUGGGUCAAGGGCGGAGGAUCGAUCGCAAGCCAGGCGCAAGCUGACUGGGGCGGGAGGCAGACCUCCUUCUAA